AUGACCAUCUGCGCAGGCUGUGGAGAGAAAGAGGCCUCGCGCCUCGAGUGCCCGAAUUGCAAGAAGCUUGGUAUUCCUGGGUCCUUCUUCUGCGACCAGGACUGCUUUAAGCGGACCUGGGGAACGCACAAGCUCAUUCAUAAUAUUGUCCAAAUGGCAGCUAAAGCAGAAACCGACAAGAACUCGUCUAUACCUACCAAUAUGAGGGACUACAAGUUCACCGGACCGCUCCGCCCACAUUAUCCCUUGAGCGCAAAGAGGACGGUGCCUGCCCAUAUUAAGCGGCCGGACUAUGCGGAUGACCCACAAGGCCAGAGCCCUAUCGAGAUGGCCCGCGAAAGAGCCGUCAAGACCCUCAACGCCGAAGAGAUAGAGGGUAUGCGGAAAGUCUGCCGGCUAUCCCGUGAAGUGCUCGAUAUCCUCGCAUCGCAUGUCCGACCGGGGAUCACCACGGACGAGCUCGAUAGGAUAUGUCACGAGGAGUGCAUCAAGCGGGAUGCGUACCCUUCUCCGUUGAACUAUGGGAAGUUCCCAAAGAGCGUGUGUACGAGUGUGAACGAGGUCAUCUGUCAUGGUAUCCCAGAUCAGAGAGAGUUGGUCGAGGGGGACAUCAUCAACCUGGACGUAUCACUUUUCCACGGCGGCUUCCACGGAGACCUGAACGCCACCUACCCCGUCGGCAAAGUCGACGAAGAAUCGAUGGACCUCAUGGCGACGACCAAAAAGUCAAUGGAGGACGCUAUCGCCAUUUGCAAGCCCGGAGUGGCGUAUCGCGAGAUUGGGAAUAAGAUUGAAGAGGUGGUCAAGCCCAAGGGAUACAGUAUUGUGCGGAGAUAUACGGGGCACGGUAUACAUUACAUGUUCCAUUGUCAACCCAAUGUCGUACAUUACGGUAAUUCCAAGAUGCCGGGCAGAAUGGAGGCCGGGCAGAUCUUCACCAUCGAGCCAAUGAUCAACCUCGGUACGGCGAAUCUGGAUCACUGGAAGGAUGACUGGACGGCGGUGACGAUGGACGGCAGGCGAAUCACAGAAACAGGCUGCGAGAUCCUUACUCGACCACCGCCAGCUUCGUCCGCUUCGAAAAAGAGAAAGAAGAAGAAGAGCAAGGCGGCGGCGGUUGGGGAGGCGGAUGUCGAGGAGGAUGGGGGAUCAGGCGCUGCGACGCCAAUAGGGGACGCGGCGGUGGGCGUGGAGGGGUUGGAGGUGACUGGUAAUGGUCAAUAG